CGGCGCUGUUUCAGAGGGCGUCGUCAAAGUCGCCCGAUCCUACGUAGAAGCAAGCAAUGGCGCGGUAGGCGGGAGGGUAAUGGGAGCUGCGAACCCGUGGUGGGGACGGAGAACUCGUCGAUGUCGGGACGACAACAGUAAGGUCGGCGAGAGGAGGGGCUGUUACGCUGUUAGUAAGCGGAGCGGCCAUCUUGCGAACUUCAGUCGGAAACCAACUGCCGAGCAGUGAGGGAAGGUGAACGAAAAGAGACUCGAUGUGUUAGCUGAAGGAUUUUUUAAUGCGCUUCCGAGCCGGGCUACCGCUACGUGCGAAAGGCUGUGCGACACCGACAACGGAGCAGCGACCAUCCGUGGAUUUUCGCGUACGGAGGCACUCGAGUUUCUUCUUCGGCGAGAAGUCUCGGGCGAGGAGCGAAGAAAUCGGGGGAACAGAAGUAGCCCGUGUUUCGACGCUGGGAAAAAGGUCGGGAAGGGAUCGGAGAUCAGCGCAAGAGCUUCUUCGAUUUCUGCGAGGAAGGCUCGUCUGCUCGUAACGUUUUAUCGGUUGGAAGGCAGUAGGCAGGCAAGACCAAAAAGUAUCAUUUGCUCGUUGGUUUGGAACGGCGAGUAAAGGAGGAGAGCAACCAGAAAGAGAGAGGGAGAGAGAGAAAGAAAGAGACAGAGCGUAGAGAAGUGGAAAAAGUGGAAGAGAAACAACAAGCGGAAGAAAUAACAGAGGAAAUGAAAAAUGCGCAGUGUUUAAGUCUGUGAUAGUAUUUAUUCAAACGAUUCAGCUGCGACGCGUAUCAUCUCUACACCACAGUAGUAGCAUCGUUUGUCCUGUAAAUCGCAAGAGCUAGAAAAACAGAGGAAUAAGUAGCCUUUAUAUAUUUAUUUAUAUCUGUGAUACCGACGCUGAUAUACAUCGAAUUAUCCCCUGAGAUAGAAACAUCGAGAGAGCGUACGCGAGAGAGAGAGAAAGAGAGCGAGAGAGCGUAAAAAAGAGGUAGGAGGGACUAGGACGUCGGUAAAGGAAAAAGAGAGGAUCGAAGAACGCAAACGUACAGUGAUUUGGAAAAUUGAAUAGUGGGAAAAAAGAUUAUAUCGGUAACUUAGUGGAUAUAGAUGUUUUUGUAUAUACGACUGACUCUUUUUUAUAAUUAUUGAUAGCGGGUUACUCUCAGGAGGGAGAGAGAGAGAGAAAGAGAAAGAAAAUUUCAUUGCUCGUUCGUCGAACGAGUAAGAAAGCACACACUCGAAGAAGAAGGAAAGGAAAAAACAGGGCAAAACAAGGUUUUGUUUCAGACGAGAACUUCAUUUUUCUUUUUUACCCUUCUUUGGGCGUUAAACGAUUGAAGUUAAGUGGCACUGUCACCAACGAAAAUGGUGGAGAAAAUCUUGGAAGAACGAGAAGACGGCUGUCAGGAGGUCGCAAGAGAAGAUGCAAAUUGCAGGGAGACUGUGAACACGGGAGAAUCAAUGAGCGCCGUGCAAGCUCGACAGGAGGAAGCUAGACGCAAAAGGCGCAAGAAGAAACGUUCCGGAUCGUCUUUGAUGUCUUCUUGUUUCCAAGAACUGUAUAGAUUGACUGGCGAAGUUCUUGGCGAAGGUGCUUACGCCUCGGUUCAAACCUGUAGAUCACUCUACACCGAUCUAGAGUAUGCUGUAAAAAUAAUCGACAAAAUCCCCGGUCACGCACGGGCACGUGUUUUCAAAGAAGUCGAAACGUUUCAUCAUUGUCAGGGUCAUCCGAACAUCAUCCAGUUAAUCGAGUUUUUCGAGGACGAGGAGAAGUUUUAUCUGGUAUUCGAGAAAGUAAAUGGUGGUCAACUGUUGAGUCGGAUACAAGAAAGAAUUCACUUCAGCGAGCGAGAAGCCAGUCAGAUAAUCCUAGAGAUUGCAAGCGCGUUGAAUUUCCUACACAAAAAAGGCAUCGCCCAUCGAGAUCUGAAACCCGAAAAUAUCCUAUGCGUGUACCCGGACAAGCUAACACCGAUCAAAUUGUGCGACUUCGAUCUUGGUUCGGGCAUCAAGUUCAACAACUCGUUGUCAAGUCCUGUAGCCACGCCGCAACUUUUGACGCCAGUCGGCAGCGCUGAUUUCAUGGCUCCGGAAGUUGUAGAAGCUUUCAUCGGGGAGGCAAAUUAUUACGACAAGCGUUGCGAUCUGUGGAGCCUCGGCGUAAUUAUGUACAUUCUCCUCUGUGGUUAUCCACCUUUCUACGGGAAUUGCGGUUCCGACUGCGGUUGGGAGAGAGGAGAGAAUUGUCAGGCUUGCCAAGAGCUUCUGUUUACCAGUAUUCAAGAGGGCAGGUACGAAUUUCCGGACAACGAAUGGAAGUGCAUCUCGGAAGACGCGAAAGAUUUGAUCAGAGGAUUGCUGGUCAAGGAAGCCCACCAGAGGCUCAGCGCCGAAAGUAUUCUCAAACAUCCAUGGAUCAAUCCUGGCCCGAGCGCCGUCGAAAAUACCGAGAAGUCACUCACAACUCCUCACAUUAUCAGGAGGAACAAUUCUGCUAGAGAACUCUCGGCGUUCGCCGAAUCGGCAAUGGCUGUGAAUCGCGUGGUACUUCAACACUUUUCGGUAAAUUUGGAGGAAUUGGCAGAGAAAAGGGAACCGAGGUUAUCCACUUCGUCCACGGAUGAAGAUAACCAUCCUUACGGGCACAUGUCCGACUCGAGCAGCGAAUUAUCCGAGCACAGUAAGCUUUGCGUAACUCAUUCCUCCAACGAAUUCGAUGCGAACUCGUGUUUGAAAUCAUGCUCGGACCAUUCGAACACCGAGCCGAUCGAUUCGAAAACCAUCGGGAAGAAUCGGCUGAUCGGCAAAGACUCGUCGCUUCAUCGAUUGUUCGGUUUGUCACCACCCAGCGAGAGUCGUCUGAUGCAACGUCGUUUGAAGGCUCGUUCGGAUCUGCUUGAACGUCAGACAAACAAAGCGGUUAUCGCGUCCCCCAGUGGCUGAAAUGUUGUUGUCAGGUUUACGAACGAAACGAACAUGUCCUUUCUUGGUAGCGCGCGUAUAAUUUUUGGUAUUUACACGUCUGCAUAUACGGAUACGAGGAGAGCAUUGCACAGUCGUGUUAUUAUCUGUCGAUAAUUGACAAACGACAUCACGAUUGGCUAAACGAAAGUUGCGUUUCAUUAAAAAUAAUGACAGCUGCAUUGCAGAUGAUUCGUGCGACAAUUGAUGGCCAUUAUAUAGAUGAGCAUUCUUGACGGAGGGGAACGAUAUAUAGUGUAAAAUCGUGUACAUAAUCAACUACGCGCGACGCUAAUAAUGCACGACACUCGGUCAGACAAUAAUUCUUUGGCGAAUUUCUAUACCCCACAGAAUUCAGAGAAAUAUCGUAUCCAGUUAUCUUUGUUUCUACUUUUUCUUUUCUUUUUUUUUUGACGUUUCGUUUCGUUUCGUUUCGUCAAUCGAACAAUUAUUUCUCGCCUUCGCACGUUACAAAAAUUUAUAAAGUUACGCGUUACUCUUUCGGUUUAUCUCUUUUUGAAUGUUGCUUCACGAUGCAUUCGUUAAAUAAUAUGAACGAACAUGAGCAAAGACGGCACAAAUUCGACUUACGUAAUGUGUACAAACGAGAAAUCGGACGAUCGCACACGUAUUAUGGAUUUUGUCGUAAAUCACGGUUACUUUUAUAAUGGGAAAAAUUUGCAGUGUGUAUGUACAUUCCACUGUCACUAUUCAUUAGAUGAAAAUGUACAGCAUGAAAAUAUAAAACAAUACAGACGACAGGUAUGAAACGUCUCUGAACUCUUUUGCUAUCGUAGUGUCUAGAAAAGUACAUGUUAUAUGUAUGCUCGUUCAUAUCGAUUUAUCGAAAAGUUAGGAUGUACGGACAGACGUAAAAGAAAAGUAAUAGUAACUGACUUUGCCGAAUUUUCUUUAGUUUCUUUUGGCUUCGUUUGAAAUAUUUUGCAACAUGGCUAUGAUUAUAAAAAACAAAACAAAAAAAAAAUAUCUCCGAGUCUUUUUUUUCUUUCUCUUUUCUUUCUUGACGAUAAGUUGUCCGAGAAUGGUGAAAAACAAAUAUGAGCAACGCAACAGUGCAUCUUCAAACAAAAAAUAAAAAAAAAGAAAAAAAAGGAAAAUACAAAAAAAAAGAAACGUUCAUCAGUAAGAAGAGAAAAAUCGCGCAUCUUGGUGCAUGUUACGAAUAGUUUGCUCAGUAGGUUUCUAAGAGUGUAGUAGAGUGUAAGUUCGAAAAUAUCUCGAGGAAGAUUUCCAAGAAAGGAACAACGCGCGUGUUUGUAUCGAAAGGGAUGAAAAAGAGGGGGGCGGGGCGACAACUACGGCCAUUUUUUGUAAAUGUCUCUUAAGCAUCUUUGUAGAGAGUUAGCACGUAAGAAAGAUUAAACAAAAA